GCGGUCAGCUGUACCUCGCUGACCGGCGGUUUGAAAACAAAUGUUUACGAACCCUCAGGCAAAUCUCUUCCGUCCGCAAGGUGGAUGUGCCUGUGUGAAUGUUUAGAAGAACUCGCCUCCAUACCCCGGAGGAAGUUUUUACGUUUCCUUCGGUGCCGAAAGGACCGGCUUUGCCGAAGCUCGCCCUGCGGCUCCCGGGGGUGGGGGCGCGCAGCGGCCGGGCUUUGCAAGGCGGGCUUCGUGGGCUGAGCGUGAGGAGCGGCCAGACCUUCGUUUCCUUUACUUUAUUUUUGGAAGGAGUAAGGAGGUUUGCCACCUGUGGGCUACUGCGUAUCGCAGAACGAUUAAUGAAAACCCGUGAAAGGGAUGAAAACAGCGAGCAUAGGCGGCGUGGACUCUGGACUAACUCUUGCUGCCGGCUACCUCUUGAGGUGGGUUUACGCAGGCGCUUAAUUAUUUCUGUCUUGCAAGAGAGUUCAUUUAAGCCGAGCAGGACCCGCCUAGCGCCGCUCCAGCCGGCCGUGCUGGAAGACUCGCCUCCUGAGCCUCCCGAGGAGCGAAGCCAAAAAGCAGAGACAAGUUUUCCGAGGUGGGGACCGGGACCGGGACCGGGGCCGGGGCCCGUCGGUUCUGCUCCCUGCCCACGCUCCGGCUGCCGCCCCGGGCCCCCGCCGAGGCAACUGCAGCUAAACCGGGUGCGUGUGGGGGGUGGGGGUAGGGGGGGGCGUGUGGAGAUCCCCUCGCCCCUCACGCCUUACCCCUCACCCCUCCUUUCCCCACGGAGACGUCCCCGGGGAGCUCAGCCCUCCGCGGCGGCACCUCCCUCCCUCCUUCCCUCCCUCCUUCCCUCCCCCCCUCCGUCCCCGCCGCCGGCCGGCGCUGGCGGGGGGCUGCUGCCCCUGGCUCGCCGCGGUCGGCGGUGCCGGGGAGUGGCGGCUCCCCUUGGCCGCCCGCGGAAAGUUUGGCCGGCGAGCAAGGGGGAGAGGAUGGAGCCGGGGGAACCUGCGGCGGCGCCCCUCAACCGGUCCCGGGCUGGGGCAGAGCCGCCCCGCGGGGAGUUCAACCUCUCCGGGCUGCCGGAGGCGGAGGAGAAGCUCCUCUUCGGUAUCGGCAUCGACAACUUCAUCACCUUGAUCGUCUUCGGCUUGAUCUUCGCCCUGGGGGUGCUGGGCAACUCGCUGGUGAUCACGGUGCUGGCGAGGAGCAAGCCAGGCAAGCGCCGCAGCACCACCAACAUCUUCAUCCUCAACCUGAGCAUCGCCGACCUGGCCUACCUGCUCUUCUGCGUCCCUUUCCAGUCCACUGUCUACAUCCUCCCCUCUUGGGUGCUGGGUGCCUUCAUCUGCAAGUUCAUGCACUACUUCUUCACAGUGUCCAUGCUGGUGAGCAUCUUCACGCUCUCAGCUAUGUCAGUGGACCGCUACGUGGCCAUCGUGCACUCCCGACGCUCCUCGGCCUUGCGCGUUUCCCGCAACGCGCUGCUGGGCGUGGGGCUCAUCUGGGCGCUUUCCUUUGCCAUGGCCUCACCGGUGGCUCACCACCAGCGCCUGUUCCACCGCAACACCAGCAACCAGACCUUUUGCUGGGAGCACUGGCCCAACCCAGGCCACAAGAAGAUGUACGUGGUUUGCACAUUUGUCUUCGGCUAUCUGCUCCCGCUGCUGCUCAUCUCCUUCUGCUAUGCCAAGGUUCUUAAUCAUCUGCAUAAAAAGUUAAGAAACAUGUCAAAGAAGUCAGAAGCGUCCAAGAAAAAGACAGCACAGACUGUGUUGGUGGUGGUAGUGGUUUUUGGCAUCUCCUGGCUGCCGCAUCACGUGAUUCAUCUCUGGGCUGAAUUUGGUGAUUUCCCACUGACUCAAGCCUCCUUUCUCUUCCGAGUAGCUGCACACUGCCUGGCUUACAGCAAUUCUUCUGUGAAUCCGAUUAUAUACGCAUUUCUCUCUGAAAAUUUUAGGAAGGCCUACAAGCAAGUCUUCAAAUGCCAGAUAGGUGACAAGUCACCUCUGAAUGAUGCUAAGGAAAACAAAAGCCGGAUAGAUACGCCGCCGUCUACCAGCUGCACACAUGUGUGAACUUUAAGAAGUCCUGUAUGUUUGCUUUUCAUGUGUGUGAACUAAACAUCUAGAAAACAAAGCACAAUGAGCUUUAUCCUGGGUUCAUCGUGAUAAAGCCAAUUGGUAUUUAAUGUACUGACGUUGCAUUUGUAGCAAAAGUUUGUGAAACUGGUGUGAAAGAAAACUGGGCUGAUCCUUUGUAUCUUAGAUAGCUUUGUCAAAUGAAGCUCUUGGACCUUUAAAAGAUACUUGAGAAAAAAUCUUGGAGACGCUAUGUCUGUAUUCUUACUCACUAAGCAUAUGGUGUGUAAACAUCCAAAUAUACAGGAAGGAAAUGUUGAUAUGGACAAGCAACUUCCUGACAUCUUACUCUACCGAAAUGAAGAUAUGGCUAAAUUUUCUGUCUUACGGGUAAUAAAUACAGUAGUAUUAUGAUUUCAGAGAGGAAAACUUUUGUUCUCUCUUCAGAUUGUUUCGACAAGGCCUUUUCUCUUUUUAAAGUAAAGAUGGGCUCUGAUUUGGAGUUGAAACAACCCAUGUACAAAUUGAGGCAAUUGCUUUAGGCAAGAAAUGCUAAUUUUAUCUGUUUAGCUGUCUUUUUAAUGUAACAUACCGAGAAAUGAUGGACUUUUUUCCACUUCAUAUGCCUGCCUUACUGUAUACACAGAACUUUUGUGUAUGCUAUAUAAGGUUUUUGUUUAUGGCCUGUAUGUAGUUGUACCAAAAUGAGGAUUUGUGUCUAUAUGAGGGAAGCUUUUCUUCAUGUGUUGCAUGUGCGUGUGUGUAUAUGUUUUAACUUUAUAGACUUUGAGGAGGAGAUACCAUUUUAAAUGUGCAAUAUAGACAUAUGUUUUAAAAUAUUAUGUUCCAUGAAGCAACUCCGGGCAAUGCUUAAGUGUUCAAAAAAUAGCGUUCUCUUAAAAGUUGUAGGAGAGGCUUGAUAUCAUGUAGCUCUAAAUUGGAAAAAUUCAGAAAGAUGCAUUCAAAACAAUACCAAGUAUGUAAGCUAAAUGGUCCAAUUCUGCAAGUUCUUAAAUAAGAUGAGUAGUUUCAGCAAUUUUAUAAAAAUACUUAAUAUGUCUUUAAGUGGUAAGCCACUAAAGAAAUAGCGGAAGGGCACUCAGUCCUUUGAGAAUGUUAUUGUUAGCUGGAGUAAGAUAUGCCUUUAUCUUUUUUAUUAAUGACCCAUAGACUCCUAGGGUAAAUUAAGUUGAAGGAGCCUCCAGACGUCCUCUCAAGGCAGGGCUGCCUUCAGAGUUGGAUCACUUCCUUGUCUAGGCAAGUUUUGAAAAUUUCUCAGGAUGGCAAUUCAACAGUAUUUUUGGGCAACGUGUGCCAGUGCCUAAUCACCCUCACUAAAAUGUUUUUUCUUAUCCUGAGUUGGGAUUUCUCAUAAUGUAGAUUGUGACGGCUGCCUUCUGUCCUUUUGCUGUGUACUUAAGCCUUCUACCUAACUAAUACGUAAUUUAAGAUGGCAAUUAAAUUUCCCCCUAACCUUCUCUUCUGAAACAAUGUAUCACACUCAGUCUCUCCUCAUCUGUUGUGCUCCAGCUGCCUGGCCAGAUUAGUGGCCUUCCACAGGCCUUCCUCCAGUGUACCCAUCUCUCUUGUGAACUGGGGUGUUCAAAACUGAACACCCAGAUGUGGCCUCAUGGACACUGAGUAGACUAAUUGCUUCCCUUGACCCCUGGCUGAUUCUUGCAAAUACUGCCCAGUAUUCCAGUAAUUUAUUGCUGUAAGGGUACACUGCUGACUCGUAUUUAAUUUCUGCUUUACAAGCACGCUUGUGUCCUUUCUGCAGAAUUGCAGAGUCCCAGUCCAAGUUUCAGGGCUUUGCUUUUGGUGUUGUUGGACUUCAUGCAUUUGUUAGCUGUUACUUCCGUUCUCCCAGCUUAUCAAGAGCCCUCUGAAAGGUAUCCCUGCACUCCAGCAUAUCCACCACUCCCCUGGCUUUGUUUUCAUGUGCAAAGACAGUCCUACACCCUUGUCUGGGUCUUUGAAGAUGCUAAGUCGUGUUGGCCAGAUGCUCUGUCAGAUUCCUUUUUCUCCACAAACUUGCUUUAAAAUAAAAAAGUUCAGAGUGGUGGAACCACAUCAACUAUGGAGGGUUAGUUCACAGGAAAAUGUCUAUGUGUCUGUAUUGUCUGCCUGGAAUCAGCAAAUUAAUACUGAAGACAGGCUAUUGCACACAUGGUGUUUGUGUCCAUUCUUUCAUAUGAAGAGACAGUUUGAUGACAUUACUAGGAACACAAAAUAUAUGAAAAAAAUCCCUCAGUUCAAGAAGAAGGGCUAAUCUCUGCAGGAAAGCAUUUUCUGGGCUAGGAUUGAGGUUAGGAAACAGCCUAGAACAAUAUUGAAAUUCCUUUGAGUUCUCAGAUCCUCGUCACCCACUAAUCACUCAAAUUGUUGAAGCAGUAUUGGACUUCAGCGGAAUUUAUAACAUAUUCGGAGAUUCUGCAGCUUUCAAAAUUAUAUUCCUUUUAAAAAUUGCUUGUGGUUUUAUUACUUUGAAUAAAAAAUUACAAUGUAAAUAUGUAAUUCUAUAAAUUUAACAUGCCGAGUUUAUUAUUUCAUCUGGAAAAGGCUUUUUUUUUUCCUUAAUUGUACAUAAUUUUAAACCCAGUGCUUGAUAGUAAUGGAGCUACAUCUUUUUGAAAUUUUAAGGAUGAGGGAGUGGGUUUGGACUGGGCUAACAACUAGUUAGAAAGGCCCCAGCUGGUUCCUGGUGAGUAUCAGCAAAACUUCCACCUCACUUUUCAGAGAAACCUUAAGAAGUAGCUGACACACAGAAGCUCAAUUUCCUGCCUAAAACAUGCUUUUGAUCAUCAGCGUCUCUAGUGUGACUUUGUCAUAGUCAGCUCUAACAUGGAAGCUGUGAAUGUGAAAACAGUGUUAAUGUAUGCUGUGAACUGUGUCUAACCCCUGAGCAGCUGGACUGUUGGGGAGGAAGUUGCCGUGCCACAAAAAUGGCUAAUUUGGGGUAGAAAAUCAGGGAAUGGGCACUAAUGAUCCCUUACAACUGAAUGUCUGCUUUCAAGUUCUGAACCUGUUGGCAGGGAUCAUUGUUUCUGGUGGAGGGUGAAGCAGAAGUUUCACCUCACCUGCUUGCCCGAUAUGCUUUUUUACAUCUUUUUAACCAGAAAGGUUAAUUUGAGUGUACACUGAAGUAAAAGAAAAAAAAAAAAAAACCAAAACAGAUUUCUCUGGCUAGGGCUGAAUUUUACACUCCUAGAAAGAUAAAUAAUCCCACUGAAUUCCACCCUGUUGUGUGAAUUUGAAAAUAUUAUUCUGUACAAAACUAAAUAGGCAACAGGAAUGAUUACUCAAAUUCCUCUUGAAGUAAAGCAAGGGGGGUGUGUGUCAUUAAGCAAAUACUUCAACUUGUCUUAAGUUAUGUUUCUCAUAAAUUGAGAGAAUUGGAGAACUGUAACAGAAAUGGCAACUCCAUAUGUUUUUAUAAACUCCCUAAAAUUUUAUUGUACGUGUACUGCCAAAAUGCUACCUCUUUGUGCUGCUUCAUGAUUGUCUCCUGAAGUUUCAAACAUACAGCGCACUUUCAAAAUUGCUGAUAGAAUUAGUGUAUCCCUUCAUAUCUAUUAGUAGGAGUUGUUCAGUCCAUCUUAAAACUGUGUUUUGGUGAAGAAAUGUAGAAGUCUCUCCUUGCCAUAGUUUUCUCUGCAGAGUGGAUGAAAGACCCAUGAAGAGGUAGCAUCUCUGCAGCACCUCAUGCUAAUGUGAGAGGGCCUCCUUUCUUGCUGGCUCUGGAAAGGAACUCAGUUCUGUCCAUUUUCUGAGGUGUAUUAGGAUGUUGCAGCAGGUUUCUAACCAAUUUUGAAUUUUAUAUUUUCGAUUUUAUGGUUUUUACCUUUUGCCUUAAAAAGAUGCAGAAAGCUCAUUAAAACACUGCACCAAUGGAACUUUGAAACGGUAAAAACUAAUCAUAGAAUCAUAGAAUAGCUUGGGUUGGAAGGGACGUUUUGAGGUCAUCUAGCCCAACCCCCCCUGCAGUGAGCAGGGGCAUCUUCAACUAGACCAGGUUGCUCAGAGCCCCGUCCAACCUCACCUUGAAUGUUCCUAGGGAUGGGGCAACUACCACCUCUCUGGGAAACCUGUUCCAGUGUCUCACCACCCUCAUUGUAAAAAUUAUUCCAUCAAGGUUUCGUGCAAUGUUAGCCCUGCCUAUUUGCGGGUAGGUGUCUGAGGUAUGACAAAAAAGAUUACAGCAGUGCUCUUCUUCAACUACUAAAGCCUAAAAUACAUUUUGCAUCCUCUAAGAUAUGUGUGGAUCCAGAUGCACACUGUGCACUGCUAUACAUAAAUCAGAAUAUGAUCCAUAUCCAAAAUGGAAAAAGAAAAAAAAAGGCACUUAACCAACAUACAGUUCAUCACGUGCAAACACCCUGAAAAAUGAUGGGACUUGCUCACCUCUAUGUUCUGUUCUGCUAAUUUCAUAGGUACUUGUAUCACCCAUUUAACUGAUUAUGAAGAAGGUAAUCAUUUUAGUUGAAAGUGAAGCUAAUGCUUAAUGGCUGCUUCUGAGUCAUUAAACUACACAUAGUUUUCAGUCAGAAGUAUGUACUACACAUUUAUUACAUGUAAUAAUGUAACCAUUCAGAAUUGCCUAAAUUUUCUAUCUUGUAUCAAAAAUGUAGGAUUUCCUAGUAUUUUUCAUACGUCUAAGCUAGGUAACAAAAUCAUACACUAUUGUAGAUUACAAAGAUAUGAGAUAAAUAUUAAGCUUUGCUUAUUUAGUGUUGCAGUGAAGUAAAUUUUACUUAAAAUGCCGCAUUGUAGGGAAAGGGACAGAGGGAUCUUUUUAUAAAAUAAUGUUGUGAAUGUAUUGUUUUAGACAUUGUUAUCCUCAUGGUUGCUUCACAGUAAGAUGUGUCACAUUGAACCUAAUGACAUUUAUGGCAUUUUGGGAAAAGAUAAAAGCAGAGAAAACAACAGCUUCUAGCUUUACAGAGCUUGUGUUAGUGUUAAAUAUAUUCACUACAGGUACAAAUGUUGAAGACCAGAGAAUUAAAAUUCUGUGUUUGUUUCAAUGUAUAAUGAAUGAUAAGUAAUAUGCAGUUGUUUUAAGAUAUACUGUACUUUGCAUGAAUUUUCAAGUGACUUUUUUUCAAUAGGUCUGUACCAUCAGCUUAUCUCUGUAAUAUGAAAUACAAAAUGCUUUUCUUACAAAAUGUUUACGUAAUACUUAAAAGCAAGCAGCACCCUCAGGAAAACUUCCAGAAAAAAAACAGUGUACACAAAACUCAACAGAGUUUCAUGGCUAGGUGUCAUUAUGGAUUGAAAAUACCUUUUUGAAAAUUUAACUCAUAUAAAAAACAUUCUCAUUUUCAAGUACUUAAGUGGUACUUAAGGCGUGGUUCUCCUUUCAUUCAGGCUGGUAAAAGUCAGAUGAAAUUUAUGGAAUUCAUUGAUAUUUCUUAUUGAACUGCAAUUUAAAUCUCUGUAAUUUACCUGUUGCUCAAGAGACAUACAAACAGAGCCAGAUCCAUGUAUUUGAAUACGAAAAGAAACAAAGCUCUCCAGUGAUGUGAAAUCCAAACCUAUUUUAUUAUAUGAAAGCCUGUAUGUGGCUCCACUUUCAGAAGGAGGCAAGUUUGUGCGUAUUUGUGUGUGGAUUUGCAUUAACAUUGAGCAAUAGCUAUUUCAAUACAGUAAAAACAGCUAGAUGAGCCUGAAACCAGAAUAUGAUCAGUCCUAUACCUAAGGAAACGUAUUUUUUAAAACAAAAGUAAAUGCUACAGCAUGCAUUGAAAAUGACAUGCACUUUAAUCACUCAUUUUUCCUGCGCAGUUCUUAAACGAUCAUUUGUAUAUACGUAGGUACUGGGCAUUUGUAGAUACAUGGGUGCACUUUGGCCAGAUACAUUUACUGGGUGCAGGCUGAGGUCUCAUUUUAUGGAACUGUUUCCUUGAGUGCAGCGUUCUCCCAUUGGAAAACUUUGCACCAUUUCCAUUGCAUGGUUAUUGCAUUCCCUGAUAAACAUUUAACCAUAUUUAAAAUUUGCUGAGAAAAAUAAAAUCUCUCUUUUAGUAAUAAAUCAUUUGAGCUCCAUAGAUGUUUCUAGCAAUACCUGUAGAGAAUUUGUCAGCCUGCUUAAGUUUAAUAUAAGGAUUCUGAAAGAAAGUACAAAAUUCUCACUGAUGACUUGUAGGUGUGACAUUUAAUGGAUGAGGAGAUGGCGUGACACUAUUGCUUUACACUGAAUUUCACAAUUUAGCACAGGCAAACCGGUAGUUUUAAUAUAGUGAAAUGAAGAGUCACAUACAUUUAGGAAUGAAGAUCAUGAGGGAAACCUUAAGAACUGAUUAUUAUACUGGAAAAUGAAGAUUCUGAAAUUGCCAGUUUAAUUAAACAUAACCUGCAACUCUGUGUAGCUGAAAGGACUUGCAUAACCUUGGAAUCAUGAAUGCAGGCUGUGGAGGUACCUGGGGUUGUGUCACUGGGAGCACUGCUGCAAACAGGGAGGCUUUUGCACAAAAAAAUCCCCAAACACGCAAGCUGAACAAUGUCAGUAAUUCGUCUUAGAGGGAUAUGGUUAAGAAGUGGCUUAUUUACAGUAUAUUUACUUAUUUACAGCCAUACAGAGAGAAAAAUACCUGAUGCUAUGCUGCUUUUAAAUGAGUGGAUGAGAUACCAAGAUCCAGUACAGUGAAAUUAAGCUUUAACAGUAAAAUCUGUAAAUGAAAUGGAAGUCUUUUCAUUAAGCCAUGAGUAUAAGUAACUAUAGAAUGCUUAAUGAAAAAAAGUGAUAUAUUCAUCUUGCUUCAAGCCACAUUUGAGUAUUUCUCAAAAGAUUUUAUGAAUUUAAAUCUCAAAAUAUGGACUAGGUGGUAGCACUGCUAUGAGAAAAAAAUGCAGCUUAUGUUACAGAGUAUUUAGACCUGCUGAUCACAGUGGUCCCUUCUGGCCUUAGUCUAUCAGCAUUCUCGCUCUUAUUUUUGUAAUUAAUAGUAUGAGAGCUAUGCAGAUAUGAAAAAAAACCAUGACAAAACAAUCUAUAAGCAGUCAUCUGAAGAUGUACCUAGAAUACCUCCACAAGUGGGUUACAUCCACAAAAGAUCUUACAACAAUUAAGAAUCAUAGAAUUAUAGAAUGGUUUAAGUUGGAAGGGACCUUUUGAGGUCAUCUAGCCCAACCCCCUGCUGUGAGCAGGGACAUCUUCAACUACAUCAUGUUGCUCAGAGCCCCGUCCAACCUCACCUUGAAUGUUCCUAGGGCUGGGGCAUCUACCACCUGUCUGGGCAACCUGUGCCAGUGUUUCACCACUCUCACUGUAAGAAUUUUUUUCCUUAUAUCCAGUCUAAAUCUACCCUCCUUUAGUUUAAAACCAUUGCCCCAUGUCCUGUCACAACAGGCCCUGCUGAAGAGGUUGCCCUCAUCUUUCUUAUAGUCCGCCUUUAAGUACUGGGAGGCUGCAAUAAGGUCUCCUUGCAGCCUUCUCUUCUCCAGGCUGAAUAACCCCAACUCUCUCAGUCUGUCUUCACAGGAGAGGUGCUCCAGCCCGCGGAUCAUUUUUGUGGCCCUCCCCUGGACCCGCUCCAACAGGUCCAUGCCUUUCCUGUGCUGAGGACCCCAGAGCUGGACGCAGCACUCCAGGUGGGGUCUCACCAGAGCAGAGUAGAGGGGCAGAAUCACCUCCCUCGACC